CUACCACCAAAUUAUCAUAGGGAAUAAUGGAAGGCAAGUUUGAGGCUGUGCUUCACGAUGAUUAUUACAAAGAUAUUGAGUUGUGCUGGUUUAGUUGUGGUUUAAUUGCUGAUAAAAAGGAAGCUGCACAAAUUAUAAAAAAAUUAGCAAUUUCACAUCCAAUGUCAAAUUAUUUGCAUUUGAAACGAGUCAAACAAUUUAAUGAUGAAUUACAUGUACUUAUAAAAAGGGUAGAAGAUAAUGAAGAUUCCAUGCUUUUUAUUGAAGGCAUCACACAAAUUUAUACUAUUCAGGUUCCUCUUAAAAAACCACUUACUCGAAAGCAAUUUAUUGAGUCUCAAAAAUUCUGGAAUUGCCACUUUUUUGAAGAUAAAAAGUUAGAGAAAUAUGUGGCUGGAUUAAUGUUUACGUCAGAAGAAAUAGAAAGACAUAAAUGCUACAUGAAACUUGCUCAAGAUGAAGCAACAAAGAUUAUGUCACCAGCAGGUGGACUUAUCGUUGAUCCUGAACAGGAUAUCAUACUUGCUAGAGGCUAUACUAAUACAAAAUGGCACCCUCUCCAACAUGCAGUCAUGAAAUGCAUUGAUGAGGUUGCAAGACUACAAGGAGGUGGAGCCUGGAAUGAACCUGCAGCUGUGAAUAGAACUAGUGAUGAUAAAAGAAGAAUAUCAGUAGAUAUUGAUGGUACUGCUGUAGAGCAAGAGUCUGGAGCUCCUGUUGAAAAAAGAAGCAAAAUUGAAAGUUAUUUAUGUACAAAGUAUGACCUCUAUACCACACAUGAGCCAUGUAUUAUGUGCUCAAUGGCUCUUGUUCAUUCAAGGAUAGGAAGAGUUUUUUACAUUCAUCCGGAUCCUUUUGCAGGCGGGAUAGGGUCUAGGGUAAAGAUUCACUGCAGAACUAACAUUAAUCAUCAUUUUGAAGUAUUUAGAAUGCAUGACUUUGAUAAAAAAGAUCUGUAUAAUGAGUAAUGACA